AUGGCAAACCCACUCAGAUAUCCUGUCUGGAUAGCUGCAAAGGGUCGCUGUCUCCUCGGCAACAUCGGCAUGAUUCGACCGCCGAGAACCUUCUUUGUGCCUUUGGCAUUUGCGAAGAAGAUCAGAGCUACCGCAUUACCGGUUGACAGAUACCAGGCCGAAAGCCGCCCAGCAGAGGGAGACCCCGACAUCGACUGUGGUGCUCCCUUCUGUUCCGCUGCCUCGCACACGAUGGCCAAACCCUUGACAUACCCUUUCUGGAUGUUCGUGAGGGUUUGGACACUGUUUGGUAGUGACCAAGCUCGUGCGUUGUCUCCGGCAGACGGCCCAAUCGCUCACGUUAACGGUCUAGUUCCCAAACACCUGACUGCUCCUGUCUCAUCUGCAAAAUCUGAGGCCCGAUCAGUUCGUCGUUCGUCGCACUCGGGUUCAUCUGGAGAGCGAAAGGAGGAUGCAUCUGCGGCUACCCUAGGCCACGCCGCUGCUCAACAUAUACCGAUCUCCACCAGCCUCUCGGAGCAUGGACCAGAUGCAUCGGCUCCAGACCUUCCGCCAGGGUUAUCACCACCUGAAUUCAAUAACAGUGAGAAAGUCGGCGGGUACGCUCCCAUACAGCGAGGACCGUCCAAUUCAUCUGCUCCGCACGGGCACCUCAUCCCGUUCACCUUAAUUUAUCGAGCUGCAAUGCUUCCGAUGAAGGCGCUGGGCUGGCCUGUCAGCCCGAAUCCUCUCGUUCCUCGGAUGGGUGCUUUCAGCCUCGAGCAUGAAUGCGGGAACGCUGACGUGGAUGGAGGUGAGACUCUUGUGGAUGGUAAGAAUGCACACGAGUCCUUAGGAUUGGGCAGUGCUUUGAUGAGAAUAUGGGAGGGGGCGAGGGACUCUAUGGUGUAG